AUGGCCCCUACUGCUAGCAUCAUUGCGCUGGCCGCGACAGCCCUGCUUGGUCAACUGUCACGAGCCAGCUAUACUGAGCAGCCACCGUGCACUGAUCCGUUUACACCGUUUGCAAAGUUGGGAUGUGUCUCCAAGAGCGAUUUCGACUUCCGCUCCGCGGCUGAUCAAGCCAGCAUGACCGUUGCCAAGUGCACGGCUGUCUGCAAAGGCAACUCUUACCGUUAUGCGGCUCUCACCUAUUAUGGUGUUUGCUACUGCGGCAACGUCAUUACAGGCCAGCAACAAGACGAUAGCAAGUGCAGCUACAAGUGCACCGGAAACCCAGAUGAAUCCUGUGGAGGGCCAGACUCCUCCUACUCCGUCUGGCAGGACCCUACUUUCCCCAAGACUGCCGAUCAGGUCUCGGUGAGUGACUACCAGGCGCAGGGCUGCUACACCGACCAGUCGCCGCGCUCUCUCGGACACCCGCAGAGCAUCGACGGUGGCGUGACUCCGGAGAAGUGCAUCUCUGCCUGCAAGGCGCAGGGUUAUCCGUAUGCCGGAACCGAGUACGGAGGCGAGUGCUGGUGCGACAGCUACCUUGCUUCUCAAGCCAGCAAGGUGUCAGAUGCCGAGUGCCAGAAGCCUUGCUCUGGUGACGGCUCCAAGACGUGCGGAGGCGCAAACCGCAUCAACAUCUACUUUGCCAAGGAUCUCGAGUCCACGGAGCCGUGCACCUCAAGUGUGACAACUAGCAGCACCACUGCGACGCCGACGCCGACGACAAGCACGAGCUCAACCAGCUCCGUUACCACAACGACUGGCACCAGCACUACCUCGACUGGCACUGGAACUACCUCAACCAGCACUGGCACCGGCACCACCUCGACUGGCACUACCUCGACUGGCACUACCUCGACUGGCACUACCUCGACUGGCACUACCUCGACUGGCACUACCUCGACUGGCACUACUUCGACCGGCACUACUUCGACCGGCACUACUUCCACUGGCACUACUUCCACUGGCACUACUUCUACUGGCACUACAUCGACCGGCACUACUUCCACUGGCACUACUUCCACUGGCACUACUUCGACCGGCACUACUUCGACCGGCACUACUUCGACCGGCACUACUUCCACUGGCACUGGAACUACUUCAACCAGCACUGGCACUAGCACCACCUCAACUGGCACUACUUCCACUGGCACCGGCACUACCUCAACUGGCACUGGUACAAGCACUACUUCGACAACUACAACAACUUCGUCAAAGACAUUCACGACUUCGACCCGUACCUCGACUACAUCAUCCUGUGUUCCUGCCCCGACACAGGUCUGUGUUGAGGGAUCCGAUUGGAUCGGGCACGAACCCAUCUGUGGCGUUCCCUUGCCACCAGUUAGCUGCAGUGACAACAAGGGCGACUAUGGCAAGAAUCCGUUCAAGCUUUUCAACCUUCCCGACAAGUCCAAGUGCCCAAUCUUCCCCAAGGCGUCACUGGCAUGCAUUGAAGCCUGCGGCGUUCAGCUGAAGCAGUGCUUGAAGGCCACUUGCCUGUUCGGGCGUGAUGGGCUCGAAACUUCUGAGAAUGACGGACAUGGAAAGCGCACACUCGGCCUCAUCAAGGACAUUAAGUGCAAGAAGCAGUUUGCGCUCUGUGUCGCUGCGAACAAGCUGAUCAACCCCAAUGUGUGCAAGGACUACUGUCCUAAAUAG